UUUACAGAAAUCUUUACCUGCAUGUAAUAGCACCAUAAGCUGUAAUGUAAUCUGUUGCUGUCAUAACAAAGGUUGUUUACAUUUUUAAAUCUCAAUAGCCCGCGAAACGUGAACUUGUAAACUUUUUUAAAAAUAAAUAAUUAUUUGUAUUUAAGAGAAGAAUAAUAUCAAAUAGAAUAACAAUGCGGCGUUCUAAGGCUCCAUCAAUGAAACCUUCACACUUAAGAGGAAACUCAGUUCGAGAAGUGGAUGCGUCUCCCUUAGUUUCGUACAAACCUCCACAACACAAUGAAAUUUCUUCCUCGACUUCUUCUACAAAGGGUAAGGAAAAUUUAAACACUCUUAAACAUGACCCCGACAACAAAAUUCUUUAUAAUAUUGUUUGGCGGAAGAUAACUACAAAAAAACACAAAAGUUGGGAAGGUGAUGGGUCCCUCGAAGUAAAGAAUAACAUAGGUGUUCUUAAGAGCGAAACUGGUCAAUUUUUGGGCACAUCGAAUGCAAUCAAACUCGAAGAACUAAUUGAAGGAGCGAUUCUUGUUAUCGGAGGUAAAGAAGUGGAAAUCCAAGAAAAAGUUAAAGACCUCAAGGAGUUUUAUGCAAAUAGAAAGAUGCUCAAGGGGGCUUCCGACGAAUGGAAUGAACCAGAGGAGAAGAAAAAGAAAACUCAGCAUAGUGUCUUUUUCCCAAUGUUGCACUUGACUGCACCUAAGAUGUCAAAGAGAAUACCUUCAACAACAAAACCACUGCCUGAGAUAGAUGUUGAGCCUUUGAUUCUUCCCAGGCCGGAAGACGAAAAAAGGUUCAACAAACUUAAUCGCCCGGUUUAUGAAGUUCGAGUCACACCAUUGCUGGUCCAGCAUCUGCGUCGGCAUCAGCGAGAAGGUGUUUGUUUCCUCUAUGAGUGUGUAAUGGGAUUCAAGAAUCCCGACUUCUUUGGAGCUAUCCUCGCUGACGAGAUGGGGUUGGGAAAAACUCUUCAAUGUCUCGCACUCUGCCACACCCUCCUCAAACAAGGGCCCUUUGGUGGUGAUAGAGUUCUGCAAAGAGUUCUCAUUGUCUGUCCCAGUAGCCUAACGUCUAAUUGGAACAAUGAAAUCAACAAAUGGCUGAAGAACGAGCGUAUGUAUGCGUUUGUUGUGGAUUUGAAACACAAACUACAUCAGUUCUCUCAUCAGAAUCACAUUCCCUUCGUAAUUGUCUCCUACGAAAUGUUCCUUGGCCAUUCUGACGAAUUCAAAGUUCUGGACUUUGAUCUAGUCAUCUGUGAUGAAGGCCAUCGGCUUAAAAACAGUGCCACAAAAGUUUCUAUCGCUCUGCAAGCCAUGAACAUCCAAAGGAAGAUCAUUCUAACCGGCACACCAAUUCAGAACGAUCUGCAAGAGUUUUUUACUCUAGUAGACUUUGUGAACCCUGGAAUUCUGGGUUCAUAUCAAGAAUUCAGGAGAGAGUUCGAGAACCCCAUCGUUCAAAGUCAAGCACAAGAUGCCGACGAAGACGUUAAAAUUAUAGGCUAUCAAAAGGCUGCAGAACUUAAGUCGAUAUCGAAAAGGUUCAUUCUAAGAAGAACCCAAUCUGUGAACCAAAAGUACCUACCAAAGAAAAGAGAAUACGUGGUGUUUGUGAGGCCCUCUGAGUUACAACAAUUUCUCUUGGUAAGGGCUCUAGAACUAUGGGACUCCCAAAAAGAAGAUUUACUCAAAAACAUGAACACCCUUCAAAUCAUAACGAUUUUGAAGAAGAUAUGCAAUCAUCCUUCAUUGAUUUCUCGCUGCAAAUCUCCGAAUCUUCUGACGAAGAGCUUGGGAAAGUUCCUUCCCGAUUGGUCAGAGAUGGGUCCCUUUGACUCGGGCAAGGUGGAGCUAGUCCAAAAUUUCCUGACUGACAUUGCAUCUUUGGAUGAACGAGUUGUUCUAGUAUCGAAUCACACGAAGACCCUAGAUAUGCUUCAUGGGCUCUGUGAUUUUCUUAAUCUUGGGGUUUCUCGCCUUGAUGGAAGCACCCCGGCGAGUGAUCGAAACGCGAUAGUUGCGAAAUUCAAUGCCGAAGACUCGACUUCGAGAGUUUUCCUGCUGAGUGCCAAAGCUGGUGGGGUGGGUUUGAAUUUGUGUGGAGCAUCUCGUUUAAUCUUGUUCGACAACGAUUGGAAUCCGGCUACGGAUCAACAAGCCAUGUCAAGAAUUUGGAGAGAUGGACAGAAGAAGGAUGUUAAGAUCUAUCGCCUGAUCACUGUGGGAACAAUAGAGGAGAAAAUAUUUCAAAGGCAAAUUGCCAAAACCAGCCUUGGGGGAUGUGCCUUGAAAAAUGAUGACAGUGCCGGUGGUGGUCAAGAGUUUGGUACAACGGAUUCUAUGAAAUUCUCCACCGAGGAACUGACUGGUUUGUUUGGUCUGCCAUUAGACUUCGGUGAUUGCGCUACUCAUGAAAAUCUCUGCGAUUGUGAUGGAAGUGGUGGUACCAAUAAUUCCAGUUCUAACGUGACAUCCAAGGACUCUCUUCAAAUAAACGAAUUGAUGAAAUGGCAACAUUAUGCCAAUCCCUUUUCUGAAGAAUUUCUGGAUGAAGCAUGUCUUGGAUCAUCUUCUGAAAGUAUCUCUUUCAUUUUUUCUUGUCAGACAGAAGUAGACUCACAACUUGCUACAUAAAUGAGAUCAUACAAACUUAUGAAUAAUAAAUGUUUAUACAAAAACCGAGAAGUUCCAAGGAUUAUUUUAACAAUGCCUUCAUCCAUCCUCUCCACCGUGAUGAGUCAUAAAUCAGUUCAUUUUUCGAUUCUAAGCGUUUG